AUGGAUCCCGACCUCCUUGAUCGUCAAAUGGACGAUCUUCUUUCCGGCGCUUCCAAAGGAACGCUUCCCACAGCCGUCGACUCCUGGUUCGAUGAGUACGAGGCUUGGUUAGCGGCCAUUCCUGCGGUCGCCGAUUCUACCCCCGCCGCCAACAUCGUCGACGAAGAUGAAGUGAUGGCAGACGCAGGAUUGACUCCACAUUGGGGAUCAUGCCGUGACGCGCCUCCUUCCGACACAGACGAUGACUCGGUCACCGACGAGGAGCCGCCUUUUUCCGACUUCUUCGUUCCAGCCGGCCUUCGGGUGUCUGGUAUGGACCAAGAAAUGGCCUCCUUGGACCUAGUUGGCAGCGAAUUGCCCGACACCGAGGUAGAGUUCCUAACUGCAGCUUUUGCUCAGUUAGCUUUUACUUCGGUGGAGGACAUCAUCAUCGAGGAGCAGCAACGAUCCUUGGAAGAUGUCAACAUGGUGGAGCUCCAAAAGCCAAUUCCCCCUGUCGUCGUCUUUGACAUGACAGAGCCGGAGGAGCCCACUGACAAGGCGACGGAGCUCAACAGGUCAAUCCCCCCUGUUUUCGAGAUGACGGAACCCGGAGAGCCAACCCCAACUGUCGUCGAUACGGCAGAGUUCAACGGGUCAAUUUCCCACGUCGUCGAGAUGGCAGAACCUGAAGAGCCAACUCCCCCCGUCGAUGACAUCGUUCCGGAUGCCGCUCCAAAUUCACCCAAGCAGACCGUAUCGUCCCCGCGAUCGCCUUACAUGGGUGAAGAUGAUGAAGAUUGGAACGAGCAGGAGGACUCAAUCGACCUAGAAGCAAUGUUUGAUUUCAUGCUGGAGCGUACGCCUCCGCAGACUCCGACUCGCGCUAGGUCGGCGAGUGAAUCAGACGCUGGGUCUUCCCUCGCUGAUGAGCUCGAGGCCGCCAUGCUCGCGGCGACACCACCACAAUCGUUCUCACGACCGCCGUCACCAGACCAGGACGUGCCCCUCUGGGCAUUCCCUCCUGACAUGGUGGACAACUCGGCUGGUACCGCCACCAAUCUAUCGUUGAACGAUCUGUUCAACAUUCGUCGGACAAUCGAGGCCAAUAUUCCAACCGAAAGCGCCGCUGACGACCUUUUGAAAAGGGAUAUAGCCCCGACCGAUUGUGUAUCUAGAUCGGACUCAGUCACAGAGGCGCAAGAGCCACUUCCAGAGGACCAUACCCAGGCGAGCAGUUCUAAGUCCCCCGACGACGACGCUACCCUGGCCUCUGAAGCAGUUGUUGGUGAAGAGCAACAACCUGAGACUGAGCUUCCGACUCCGGUCACAAUCCCGACGAUCAUUGUGACUCCUGAGCCGAGCCGAAUGAAAGAGGUCGAGGUCGCGCCUAUUAGGAUGGGAGGACUCCUUCUCCCUGGCGGAAAUCUUGUUCUGCCCGCGACUCCCGCCCCCAUGACCCCCUUGCCGCAGCAAGUCAAGACCCCCGAUGCUGAAGAGCUGAAGAAGCAAAAGGAAGAGAGCCUAGCUCGGGAUCUGCGCAACGUCAUGAGGAGGCGCCGGCCUGCUUCCAUUUUUCACCCGAAGCUACCGCAGAAGUCUUCGGCCCUUAUUCGUUCACCAGACGCCGCGGAGAGAGAAGCCCAGCUUCGAUCUCCACAGUCCUUCCAAGCCUUGUCUCGCGCUGGAAGCGAUGCUGAUGGUGGAAUGGAUGUCGAAGACGAAGGAGCGGCAAAGGUGAUUCUCGCUUCGCCCGCCGUUAUGAAGGCGAUUCGAGCGAGCGAGGCUCAGAGAGAAAUUCUGCAUGAGGGCAAUGCAGACGAAAGAUGA